AUGACAAGACUAUGUCUAGACCCUGGAGGUUUAUCGCUUCUCUUUCCGAAAGCGUCGCCUGCAUACCCUCAGAAGAUUCGAAUCAUUGGCCAGGUGUUCACCUAUGACGAAACUACUGCAAUUCUCCAUGUGGGCCGUGUAGCCAACCUAGCACCAGUUCAUGUACACAUAUCACUAGAUGAAGACGAAGAAGACACGAAUUCGAGCGUUUGUGUAGAUGUCACGGACGUGAUGUACCUGCUAGGGCCACAAACUACAGCGGAGGGUGUAGUUGUUAGUAUUUGGGGCAUGUAUGAUGGGAACGUCGUUAGAGCAGUUGAAUGUAGUGGAGUCAAUGGCCAGGAAUUACUAGGAGGGUCUGUUUCCGUGUUGGCUGAAAUGUCUAUUUUGACAGAAAUAUAG